AUGGCCGACGCUCGCCUGCUGGAAGAGCUUGAAAAGUUGGCUACGCGGCCGUAUAUCCUGAUCAUGGGCGACUUUAACGCGUCUCAUAUUGACUGGAGCUCGACCCAUGCAAAUAGCUCAGAAGAGACCUUCGAUUGGAGUUUUCUGAAUACGGCACCGAAGUUAUUUCUCACAACACGUCAUGUUUCCUACUAGAGUACGCGAAGACCAACAGGCCACAACUGCCCUGAUUGAUGAGGUGUUACGCCUACCCCCCUUAGGUACAAGUGACCACGUCGUUCUUCUAUGGGAUUACUCGCUUUUUUCCAUACCCGAGAAACCCAUGACAAUUAGAAGAAACCUUUGGCGCGGGGAUUUCGACCAAAUGAGGGCUGAAAUUUCACGCAUUGAGUGGGAGUUCGUAUUUGUCGGAAGCCUCCUCGAAGACUGACAAUGGUUCCGAGAAAUUCUGCACAAGCUGAUCGCACACCACUGUCCGUUUUCAUGGAAGAGUUUAGCUAGCAGACCUCGAUGGCUUACGAAAGCUUUGAAGAAUGCAGUGAAUAAAAAACGAAGGCUGUGGAAAAAUCGCUUUCUGACACGAGCCCCACAUCUAUAUGUGGGUACAAAGUUUUCAAAGAAAUCGAGUCAAUGACCUUAUCCUCAAAACUAGAAGGGAAUUUGAACGGGAUCUGCUUAACCGUGCCGCGGAGAACCCUCAAUUAUUCUACGGUUACAUAAAGCAGUGCACGCGGAACAAGGACCUAAUACCACUGCUAAAGACUGCUGAAGGCGAACAUCUCACUGAAGACAGAGCGAAAGUUGAUCACCCUUCAGAAUUUUUUGGUCUGUUUUUAGCAGUGAAACAGGAUUCAACCAUUUGGACCUUCAACCAUUUGAGGACACCACAAUUAUGGAGACCAUUCAGUUAACUGAGGGUAUGGUUCUGACGGAGUUGAUGAGGCUAAAGGAAUCAAAAUCACCAGGUCCCGAUGAGAUUCCGGCGAAGAUUUAGAAGGAACUCGCCGAUGAGUUGGCUAAACCACUCUCCGUGCUUUUCCAUACAUCUGCCACCCGACUGGAAGUCGGCGUGGAUUACGCCGCUGUACAAGGGCGGAAGUCGGGUCUCUGUGAACAAUUACAGACCUGUCAGCCUUACACCUCCAUUUGCUGCAAGAUUAUGAAGAAGAUAAUAAAGCAACAAUUAAUGUAGUUCCUUGAACAAAACCAUCUGCUUUCCGAUCCCCAGCAUGGAUUCCGAAAAGGCAGAUCCUGUGUGACAAACUUGCUCUACUGUCUGAAACACUGGACUGGGGCUGUUGAUAGAGGCGUCCACCUGUAUGACUAACAUUCACGCAGGAGCAAUGUGCGCACGGAAUGCGGUAAAUUACGCUUGUUUGUUGCUCUCUUAGAAUGGGAUCCUUGAUUCGUGAUGGUGCUGCCUUGUGGACAGCGUGAUUAUCAAAGCGACUUAGUUACCAGGCGAGUUAUUCAGAGGUUCCCUCUAUAUGAGGCAGGGAUUAUGAUCUUUUGGCCACAAAUUCUCACUUGGGGGUGGGGGCGUGCGGCUCUGUCUGGUGUCUGACGCAAUCCUUUCCGUUAAAUGGAAAUAACAAAUACAGGUAAACAAGAGAUCGUCGUUGCUGCGAUGACGGUAAGCCCGGUGGAACAGGUUUCGGAUAACAGCCUCUCUUGUUAGCCGCAGUACGGUUGCUUCUAUAAUUAGGAAAAAUCUCGGAAUUAGAUCUAUUCCUAUGGACGCAUACUGCGAGGCAACCAUCGUUCAGGCUUUGUAUUCCCACGUCAAUAAACGGCAGGCGGAAUCCUACUGCCUCUUUACGGGUAGACCGCAAGAAUGGGCAGACAUCAUUCAGCCUGCGAUGCAGUUGUUCAACUUCGUAGUUCUUUAUUGCGACAAAAGUGUUAUCUACGUAUCGAAGCCAUAUUUUGUGCGUGGGAUUUUCAAUAACCUCUUCUACAAGUCACUACAAUACCGUGGGUUUAUGUACAUUUUCGAUUUGUCCCUUUCAAAUUCUUUGUACACCUGAUCUUUUCUGCAAUGUUUAAAUUUGCUUAGGAAAAGCGUGUCUUUUGCGUCCGUCUGCUGCUUGGUGUCAUUGUUCCGUUUAUUGCACUCAUGCGCCUCAAUCGCUUUCAGGCAAUCGGCACGAAACAUUUAUAUCCAUCGGUCAUAUCUAACUAGACGUGAAUUCACCCGAGCAACAAGCUUCAGUAACCGCCUUUGGCUCGACAUAUUCUCGAUUUUACCCAGAACAUUCACUCUACGACAACGGCCUUUGGAGAGGGCUUCACUGUUCGUGAGUCUGUACAAUUAUUCAUCUUUUGCCGCUUUUUCCAUCAUCUUUUUGCUUCUUCUCGUAAGAAACGCAGCAUCCCCCCACUUUAAUUGUCGUUUACACUACACUACUGGUUCUGAGAGUGGUCCCGAUUUUGGCGAGCCCCUUAGUCUGUCGGUAAUACAUAUUGACAAAUUGACAGUAGCUCCUAGGGCAGAGUUUGAGCAGUUCUAUACCAUGCUAGUUUGGAAUCUCAAUCGGAUUAUCCUGUAAGCAUUGAGCUACGCUUUCAAUUGCCAAAUCGUGGGGCAUGGAAGAAAACAAGACAACGACAUCAAAAGACAGGAGGCAUUCAUCCGUGCUUACUUUGAGGCCUUGAGUCCCGUGGAGCAAUGCGUAAGAGUUGUUACUGCUGUAGUCAGAUCCAUGAGUUAGUCGCAUCAGAUGCCUGUACAAUUACUUGACAAUACCGUAAGUUGAUGGUCCGAUGGGUGGUGCCAUAAUCCUCAGUGGGGCAUCGACUUUGUCAGGGAGAUCAUACGCGUGUGUGAUACGGAGAUCGCUGAGGGUCAUUUGGAUUUAUGACUUUCAGACGAGUGAUUUCACUGAUUCUUUUCCUUGAUAGCUGCAGCUUGCUUCUUCGUCAGGUCUGCAGUGAUUGGGGUGUAGGCCUCUCACGCACCUUGUACAUAAUGACAGUGGCGGCACUUUUGUCGGCGGGAACAACAACGAUACUGUGAUCCGAUUCCAGUAGUCGUAAUUCUUGCACUUCUUUGACCGGUAAGGUUUACUGACGUCUUUUUUGCCGGAGGAUACCACUGGUAUAGAUGCACAUGUCCACGCGCAUGUCUUUUGGAAGGACAGAGGUCAGUAGAAUGGAUUCACUGCCUGCUAGGAAGUUGAGAGGCGUAGCAUCCGUAAGAUUAAAGCAGACAGGAGGUUGAUUCCAACAGGUGAGAGAUUCAAUUUCAAAUUCCCUUCGCUCGUAGGGCCGAGGAGGGACCUGGAGUUUCUCCUGCAGACCAACUCCCCCUUUUCAAUCUCUCAUCCGUGGUGAUGGCGUUAGUUCUUUAUGCACAUCCACGAAUACUUUUUCGGGUAGGGCUGAGGCACACCGAUUUUAAGGUAGGCAAGUGUUGCUUGAAGUCUGCGAAGACGAUUGUAGACGUCAAAUAUUACAGCACUCAAAUGCGUCAUCCGUAUUUCAGUCAGUCAGUAUCAGUCAGUAUAUUUGGAGUAAACAACAGAAGCCAUGAAAACUCCAUUUAGAGGGUACAUGUAUAAAGUAAAAUAGUUAAAUUGCAAAACUUUUGCUUGCAGUUUUAGUAGGAGAAUUCAUAAAUUUAAUAAUGUAACAUGAAGGUGAAAGGGGUAUUAAAUUCGCAAAAUAAUUGCGAAAAACUUUGUUCACCACAUUCGGACUGUGAAAAUUUCAAUAUGGGCUAAGUUUGACGCAAAAAUAGGAUCUGUUGAAAUCCUGUGAGUAGUAUAUUUAUAGUCAUUUCAAUAAUCCGUUAGAUCAGGCUUCGGCAGUUUGGGUUGCCUUUCAGCAGGUGAGUAUCCAGUUGUCUCUUGAACACGUUCACGGUAGGGGAAUCAACAACAAACUCCGGCAAAGAGUUCCAUUGGCGAAUGACCCUCUGUGAGAAGAUUUCCUCUUAUCCCUACUUCUGAUAACUUUUGAAUGAGGCGCUUAUGUGGGACGCAAUCGAACGCCUUGCUGAAGUCAAAGUAAAUGAUUUGAACGAUUUGAACGCAAGAAAUCUCCCAGACUCAUUCGGCAACAUCGAUUUGAAACGACGAGAUUUCGGUAGCACGCCGUGAUGGUGACAGCGAUGGAGGAAGGUCAGUUGUUCGAAGGUCUUCGCCUGUCUCUGCACAAAUUUCUCCCAACGUCUGGUAAGAAUAGGUGCUUGACGUCGAAAUUUUCUUUGCAGACCAGAGGUGGACUGCAUUCCGGACCGACACAAUGAAAAACGGGAGACAUUAUUCGGAAAAGUGGAGUUACACUCGCGAAUCUCCAAGGUGGUGACACCAACCCCUUUGUCAGACGAAAUGAACUGGGGGGAUUUGAGACUGGGACCAGUGGGCGAGACAGGACAGACAUUGACAGGCGGACCACUAGUGUGCGAGAGGGGUGAGGUGGGCAAAGGGUCGUGAUAGGUUCCUGAGCGGGGGGGAGAGAGGAGAGGGAGGCAGAGCAAUUACGGCCCCCAGGGUAGGGGGGUGAGGGAGGAUGGUGGGGCUGCGGUUGGCUGGAUCAGCAGUCACUGAUGUGGCAUGGGGGCAGGGCCCAGUGAGCUCUCAUAGUGGCGGGCCUUCAUAAUGGCGUCGGGGUCAACAUGGCGGUUGAUGCUGCCCGCAUUGGAGUGUCGGUGGGCCUCAAUGCAUUCUCUCGCCCGUUUUGUGUUGGCCAUGGUGACGGCCUCAGUGUCAUCCCAAUUAAAUCGGUGGUCGCGCUGGCGUGAGUGUGUAAGGAGGAGGGACAAUGGGUCAAGGCGACGGGCAGGUCGUUUUUGGCCAUCAAUAUGGUUCCCCAGGCGUCGAUCCAAAUGACAAACGUUCACGCUGAAAAAAAUUAACCCAUGGGAUGCGAUAGAUCACAUCUGUCUGCUGUUCUUUGGGGAUAGGUUCGUUUAUUCGACAUAAUUCCGCACGCAGCGAGUAUGAUGGUUUGUGGCCAUUGUCGAUGCCGAACCGAUUUAGCUGUUGCUCGAUCACUUCGGAGGUUCACUGAAGGGCAGGGAGAAGAAUUUCUGCGCCACGAUUCCUCCGUUUGGGGUGGGAGCUCUGUCUGCAUACGCGUCGGUUACGCUGUCCUGGUCCCAAGUGUAAGUGCAAUGUGGGCAUUACAAGUAAAGAAAUCCGAAGGAGGAUGCUGACAUCGUUAGUGGGAAAGUAGCCAAAGUUAAGACGGAAAAGGGAAACCUGAUGUUUCGGCUUAGAGGUAGGGUUAGUUUCUGGAUUUGGGUUAGUGACUGGCUGAGAAUUGUCUUUAGGGUAGGGAUUUGUGUUAAAUUUAAUGGUUCUGCUUAGAGUAAGGUUUCGGACUGCGGUUUAGGUUUAGGUGUAAUGUUAAUGUUUGGGCUAGGGUAGGGUUAUGGCCAAAGUUAGGAUUUGGGUCAGGGUUAGGCUUAGGUUUAGGGCUAGGGUUUGUGGUAGGUUAAGGUUUAAUGCUAAGUUCACGGUUAGCGUUUAGGUAAGAAUUACGUGAAAGAUAAGGUUUUCUUUCGAAGUUGCGAUUAGGUUUACCGUCGGGUUUGCGGUUUCGCUGUCCCGCGUGUCCAGUCAGCCGAGUCUGUCGCGGAGAUUCUCGCGGCAGAUUUGCCAUACAUCAGGCUGCCUUUUCCGUUCCAGCCUCGACUACUUUCCCCACUAGCGAUUGCAGCACCUCCCUUCGGCUUUCUUUACUUUCAAUGACCACAUUGUGCUGACACUUGGAAACAGGACAGCCUAAUUGACCCUUCCCCAAAACUGCUCGGAUAUCCGUUAGACCGAAACAACCGAUGAAUGCAGACUGCCUCUUGCCCCAGGAGAUCGUCACUGCUACAGCAGCGAUAGGCCUGGGGGAAGAGGGUUCUUUUAUGAGCGGCAGGCUGAUUACUCCCGCGAUUGGGGAUGAUCUCAGCAUUCGAUCCUUUCCUAUAAACACUCGCUGCGAUAUUACCAUCGCCCAGUCUUUGUCUUUUCAUAUCCAGAACCGGUAGGCUGUCUUCUACUGCCUCUUCGUGUGUAAACUUUAUGGCCGCGAAGACAGUAUUCAGUCACUGAUGAGGUCGGUCGCCUUCGCGGUUCUUUAUGGCGAUAAAGGUGUCUUUUACGUAGCGAUGCCAUAUUUUGGGCUUUAGGGUAUGAAUAACCUCUUAUUCUAGUCCCUGUUAUACAGGUAGGGUAAUUAGUCAUGAUAUUGGCGAGAUCAUUGGGGUUCCCUGAACCUGUUUGCAAUGGACUGCACCAAGUUAUCUUGAUUGCCAGACGGGGAAGUGAGUACAUCCGCUUUGCUCUGGAGCAGACGGUUGCACGGCGACUAGCAGGCAGUAACGGAGAAGUGAUGGCGUUUCUAAUUUCGUGUCUUAUCAAAUGUACUAUCUGAAGGAUUGCUGUAUUUAGGGACACAAGAAGGCAACCCUAUAACCCUGUUCGGGGAUUCUCCAUAGGAGCACUAUGGAGUACCUAUAAUGCAAGACAUGAUUUGUCCUUAAAUGAAAAUGAGUAGAAAUGUAAAUUUGCCUGAAAAACCUUACCGACACGGUAAGUUAAGUCGAUUAUUGAAUGCGAGGACACGGUACUCGAGGUUCAACGAUUAGACAGAAAUGGAGGCCGGGUAGAUUGAUGUACGCACCUGACUGUAACCAUUACUAUAAGUAUGCAGCAGUCUUCAGAGAGCGCACACAUCAAAGGGAUUCGGGAGAUUUCAGAUGAUGCAAAAGGUCCCUUAGAAGUUCGGGAUGUCGAUUGUUUUGUUGGCCGAUAUGUUCCGUACAUUCAGAGAAUAAUUUUUCGGAGGAUGCAACCUUCUACCAAUUCCAUGAAGGAGAGUUAGAGGAAAUAAAUGACUCCGCCCAGUCUUCAAAUUCGAACCAAAGAACAAAUACUACUUAAGAGGUCGUUUACGGCAUACUGAGACCAACAGGUGGUAUCUGAGGCGAUUCUCAGAAUAAGACCGGCAUAUUUUGGUAUGUGAAUUAUCCCGAAGUGCAUUCUGUAACAGCAACCAUCAUGCAUACUUGGCCAGCGACACAUCUAAUGGAGCCUUCUUUCUUCAAGAAAGGAACAACAAGUGAAAUGUAUAGAUCAACAGUAAUUAUUUGGCAAUGGGGAAUUAUUUUCUCGGUAAAGACAAAGGCUUGAGUAAACAGGUUCUAAUUGACUGACGCAAUGCGCGAGUUUGCUUCCAAAUUCAAGGCAUCCGAAAGUGCGGAUCGACAUGUGAGAGGCAGAAACGUAUCCACAACGUGCAUUUGCUGUCCUCUGCUGAUUAUACCAGAGCUACAAAUUCAAAUUCGCAGCAAAUGCGAAGAUUUACUAGACGCCGAGGACUUGAGCGCUUUCUUCUUUAGGCCAAGGUACUGGCUCGGACUGAGAUUCAAACUGCUGACAACUGUUGCUAAGAAGGCGGCGUCUAAUGAGAAAGAUCAACCUUUGGAUCGAUGGAUUUUCUACCAUGUACACCCGCAUACGUGUAUUUUCAGAUAUGGGAAAUCGCCUACUGACUAAACCGUAACAUGCCCUUCCAAGCGAAAUAAAGUACUCGAAGAAUGGUAAAGCAAGCUUUCUCCGAGUCAUAUAAUAAUGCCUUCGUGCGAAGGACUAUCAUCGUAUAAGAAACAAUCAAUAUGCACGCGCUUUAGCUUAAUAAAACACAGCUGCAACUUCCCAUAGAACUGCUGGUGGUCAGAUGUAGUUAUAUAGCCCCACUUGAAGUAAAUAAAACCCAACCGCCUGCAAUACGGGACCAGAGGUAAUAGGGGUUUUUACGGGUGGGGCCGGGGAAGGCAAAGACGACGAGGCCAAGUAGUUGUAUGAAAAAAGCUAUUGGGAGUGUGCGGUUGAACUUUGAGUGGUUAAUAAAUAGUUGCCCUAACCCCUAACUCUUACCCCUAAUGUGGUUGUUGGACACCCUCUCAAGCGUCAGACACACCCCCAGUCUCUAAAGGGUGGCCUAAACCAUGUCCUAGUAUGGUCGGAGGAAAAUGGUCUCCUCAUGAACAACCAAAAAUCAGUUCAGUGUAUUUUCCGACUGCGGCCCUCUCCUAGUCCUGACUCGUUUGACAUCCUUCCUAACGAGAUAUCCUCUUUUAGGUACCUUGGCGUUACUUUGUCAUCAAAUCUUUCAUUUUCCCUCCAUAUUGAGUCCCUUUUCAUUAAAGUUCGUAAGCUUCUUUAUUACAUUCGUCGCUUCCGUUCCUACCACACACCUCAGCCCUUAGUCUGGCCACUCAUCGAUGCCUGCCUUCUUCCUCUUAUCCUAUAUGGUCCCUCUGUCAUUUUUCCUGCUUUGCUCAAAAAAUAUCUGUUAAUCUUAAAACGAGUCCUCCGAAUGCUCUUUUCUGCCGCUGGUGUUUCUUAUCUCCUUUCGUCGACAUUAUCCUACAACGAAAUUUGCUGGUCGAAUUCUAGAUGACGUUGCCCAUCCCCCAUAUUAUGAACUAAUCUCUGCGAAGUCUUCCUGCCCCAUGUGCCAUGGCUUUCGACGUCGUACAUCGGGGGCGUGGCCCAGUGGUUAGAGGAGUUGAAUUUAUAACUAACAGGUGGCGAGUUCGAGCCCCAGAUGUUGCACAAUUCGGGGUUGGGUAUGACUGGCUGACGACGGCUAAUAAGCCAGAAAUGGCCAUUGCCCUCUGCCUUGUCUUUGUUGGUAAUGCCAUUCUGCCUGUAUUGCCAUUCUUGGCGCGCUAUCUUACGUGUGAAGAGAUAGAAAUACAGAGGCUAAGACUUAAUCUGUCCCUUUAAUAAUCGUUCCAUUUGUGUUAAACUUUUUGAUUCAGGAAUAAUCUUUUAGCUCCACCAUAAUGAAUGGAGCCGAUUUUUUGCUGAACGUUUUAAAUUUAUAAUUUUUAAAUAAGGCAAAUUACUCUCUCUCUCCCUCCCCCUCUCUUUCUCACUAAUCCCCAACCCCUAAUCCUGAUCCCUAACCCCAACCAUUACCAGUAACAGUAUUGCGUUCAUCGGGUGUGGCUACAUGACCACAUAUUACCCAGCUGGUGCUUCCCCUUGGAUGAGAAUUUAGUUAUUUUGUAUCGCGCAGACAUAAAUGCCAGUUCUUCAAUUUCUUGAAUGAGUCUUUGGAAAAUGUACUUUAAGUCAACAACCGCCGCCGUAGCUUUUUGUAAAACUUAUGUUUAAGAGUAUUGCAACGGGAUUUGAUUUACUGCCCCUUUAUAAAAACAGACGUAAAGACUCCGGUCAAUGCGUCAUGAAUUCUGAUGUCUACUGUAGCUCAUUUUAUUGAACACAACCCGACCCCGGCCUCCUGCUGUGCGUGGUUGGCUGCUACAUUACGUUCAAUGCCGUUCCCCAGACAUUCGUAAUACGCAAUCAGCCGCAAAACAGCAGGCAGGCCUGAGAACCUAAAAAUGACGUCUGUUCGAGUUGGCGCUACCCAGGCGUUCCCGAGCGAGUUUGGGGAGGGCGCACCGCAGUAUGCAUGCCGUGGCCCAACUCAUAAGCUCUCGCGAUUACUUGUACGUGCGCACAAAUGGCAGUCUGAUUCUCGGCCAAUGCCGCCGCUGUCCAAACUGGCCAAUCACCUUCGAGGUUGACUCAGACAUGACCUCCGCUGAAGUCGUCGGACGGCUGCCCCAUUGUCUAACAAUCGCAGGCAACGCUAUGGCGGCGUCGGACGUGCCAUCGCUCGACUGCCGACUCUUAUCAACCUCUGCUCUAUUUGUUCUGUAUAGAAUACAUCACCCUCCAAACUGUCGUCCCACUUCUUCUCUUCCUGUUCGGACAUGGGCUUGAUGAUCGUAGUUGUUAUGGUCCCAGGUCGCAAUGAGGUGGCUGACGCACUUCCCGUGCCCUCCAUCGCACAUCUCCAAGGUUCUCCCAGCAUCGACCUAGCUGAAAUGGCCGCUGAACAACGUCGUGUUGGUUCUCCCUGUGACUAGGAAUUUUACGGACCCCAAAUCCAGGAAUUGCCACUGACCACUGGCAAUGGUACAAUUCAAUGGACGUCUCCACCACUUCCCACCGUUCAUUUGUGCCGCCAUCCCUCCGCCUAAAUGUCUUCUUCUCCCUUUAGAACCUAUCGCAGCCUGGGAGUCGAGCUACCGACAAACUGGUUUCCGACCGCAUUAUCUGGCCUGGGAUGCACACGGACCUGAAAGCAUGGACAUGUGCGUUUCUCGACUGUCAUCAGGGUAAGGUCCAACGGCACAGCAAAACUCCCAUCGAAACCUUCCCCACUCCGGAUUAACGGUUAAAUCAUGUAUAUCUGGACAACGUAGGCCGCCUGCCGUUGUUCGGUGGCCGUUCCUAUCUCCUUACGUGCGUGGACCGACUCACCCAGUGGCCCAAAGCUAUCCCUCUGCCUGAUGUCGCUCGUCAACACUCGUCAGGGCCUUCCUCAGUCCUUGGGUUUUCAUUUUUGGUGCCCGUGGACUAUCACGACUGACCGUGAUGGCUAAUCCAAGUCUCAUUUAUUCCAUUCUCUACUCUCGUGUUUAGGCUCUACUAGCGUCCACACUACAGUUACUCAUCCGGACGCCAACGAGAGGGUUAAGCAGUUCCACCGCCAGCUGAAGGCCUCCCUACGCGCCGCAGACGAUCCAGAUAGCUGGACGGACCACCUCACCCUGAGCCUGUUGGGCAUCAGCUCAUCUCGCAAGUUGGAUCUUGACUGCUCCAUCGCUGAACUGGUUUUCGGCGUCACUGACCGACUUCUCAGUGAGAUGAUCUCGCCAACCCCGCGAGUUGCAGUCGAGGAUCCUGCCAACAUCCUGCACCGUCUCAGACAAUUCACGCGGACACCUCCCCCGGUUCCGCCCAGGCCAUCAAUCUCUAAAUCCUAUUUCGGGUAA